AUGCGGUUCCUAACCGCCCUUGCUUCUUCUCUAUCUUUUUCGUCCCUAGCUUUCGCUUCCCCUUGGCGUUCCGACCUUACAACCUACAAUCUCAAUGUAAACCAAUCAGCAACAUACCCUACCGAUUAUUACACCACUAGAUCAAACACCACCUACACUCCCUCCCCACAGAACUGGCGUGCAGUACCGUUCUACACAGUCCUCUUGGACAAGUUUGCAGAUGGUGACCCCUCAAAUAAUCAGUAUUUUGACUCUCCGUAUGAAUGGGACUGGAGAGAGACCCAGUUGCGCUUCGGUGGCGACCUCAAGGGUUUGUCUUCAAGGUUGGACUACAUCCAAGGCAUGGGCAUGAAGGGUAUAUAUCUAUCCGGUACAAUCUUCAUCAACAUGAUAUGGCAAGCAGAUAGUUAUUCUCCUCUCGACUUUUCUGUCCUAGACCCUCAUUGGGGUACUAUCCAAGACUGGGUCGACUUUAUCGACACAGUACACACACGCGGCAUGUAUAUAAUGUUGGACUUUACUGUCGGAACUUUAUCAGACCUCCUCGGUUUUGAAGGUUAUCUCAACGUUAGCGCCCCCUUCUCUCUCGACGAAUAUUCUGCCGUAUACAAGAACCCAAGCUAUAUUCCGUGGGGAUUCGAACAGUAUGCCGAUUUCACCGUCAUCAACGAUCGUAAUCAGUCUUGUCAACUUCCCGUCUUUUGGCAAGAAGAUGGCACAAUUCAGGCCGUCACCGGAUACAACGGCUGUCUCGAGUCCGAUUUUGAUCAUUAUGGUGACAUGGAAGCUUUUGGUGUUCACCCCGACUGGCAGCGUGAACUCUCAAAAUUUGCCUCCGUACAGGAUCGUCUCCGUGAAUGGAAACCUUCCGUUAUGCAAAAGCUCACCACCUUUUCUUGCAUGACAAUCACAGCACUUGACAUCGAUGCUAUUCGCGUCGACAAGUCCACACAGGUCACCGUAGACGGCAUGACGGCAUGGGCAACUGCAACUCGUGCAUGCGCUACUAAUCUUGGAAAGAAGAACUUUUACAUCACCGGAGAGGUUACUGGCGGUGACACGUUUGGCUCCCUAUACAUGGGACGCGGCCGCACCCCGAAUAUGCUGCCCCCUACAUUUGUCCAGGCAGCCAACUUGACGGAAUCAGAGAACCAGUAUUUCUUGCGCGCGCAGUCUAAUAACAACCUCGAUGGCUACGCAUUCCAUUAUUCAAUCUACCGUGCCCUCACCCGUUUCCUCGGCAUGGACGGAAACUUGGAGGUGGCAUAUGAUCUCAACUCCAACUUUAUCUCAGCUUGGAACCAGAUGUUCGUCAACAACGAUUUCUUGAAUGCGAACACGGGCCUCACGGAUCCGAAGCAUUUGUUCGGAACGAGCAAUUUCGAUGUCUUCCGCUGGCCUAGUUUGGAGAAUGGCACGUUGAGAUCCGCCUUGGCUUCAUUUAUCACGUAUCUGGUCAUGCCAGGGGUUCCAAUGGUCUACUAUGGUGAAGAGCAGAAUUUCUAUCUGUUCGACUCUACGGCUUCCAAUUAUCUCUUCGGCCGUCAAGCAAUGAUGAGCAAUAAAGCUUGGCAGCACCACGGGUGCUACAAGCUUGGCUCCGCCCAAUACUUCAACAUGCCCAUCGAGUCCGCCUUGACAGGAUGUGACGAUGACUGGAACUCGCUCGAUCACUUUGAUCCCACGACAGACAUGCGUCGCCUCCUGAAACAUUUCAUGUACCUCCGAACCACAUACAAUGCCCUUCAAGACGGGUUCGACCUCGUACAACGUGGAAACUGGACUUACUUUAUCGAGCGCCCAGGUUCAAACGGCACUGCAUCGGAGAUGGGCCUCUGGUCUGUCUCCCGUUCCGGAAUCCCAAACGUGCAGAACCUGACGGGCACGGUCACCGAUCAAGUUUGGCUCCUAUACUCCAACCUGAACAGUUCGCAGACGUUUACGUAUGAUUGUGGCGGUCCGUUGUGGAUUUCCUCGCCUUAUACGGGCGGACAGACAGUGAAGAACUUGCUGGCGCCGUAUGAAAACUAUACGCUCGUGAAUUCGGGGCAGUCGUAUUAUAAUAAUGGGGCGGCGCCGUGGUAUGGGUGUCUUCAGACGGUGGACAUGGACACGUAUGGCAUGAAAGCUUUAGUUCCUGUCCUCGAGUGGCUCCCCCCUCCGCCUAUGCUCACGAGGUUCCUGCCCGGGCAUGACGCACGCAUCGAGGCUAUGCAUGGCGACCCGAACGCAACGACAAUAGACCUCGUCCUAGAGUUCAACACAGCGAUGGGAUGCGACAACGUCACCUCGAGUUUGGCGUUCAAUGUCACGUCUUCGGGGAUUGGUGGGCAGCCUACGCUCGACCUGACCUCUGUAGCGUGCAAUACGAUCACGAACCCAGUCAUCUCGCGCAUUGUCGGAGCUCCGCUCUCGGCGUGGUCGUGGUCUGGUACUUUGACGAAUGUUUCGGAUGGGAUUUUGGAGAUUAUUGUUAAUAAUCCGCUAUCGCAGGCUGGGGUGACUACUGGGAGCGUCGAUCAUCUGCUUCUGCGGAAGGGUGAUGCGGGCAAUAUCAUGGUGUUCCCUGAUUCCGAUUACGACAACGAGGCGUUCAAGUACACUGACGGCCAAUAUACGUUCACGCACCAUGCUAUUGGCGCGGAUAUGUUCAGGUACUCGGGCAACUACGGACAGAGUUGGUCUAACUGGACCAAUUGGGAGAACGUUACUACCAUCCCCGCUAAUAUUGUCAGCAAUUCUGAUACUUUCUGGGCGGGUCAACAUAUCAUGGUCCAAUAUUGGAGUGCCAUUGCUACCACCGCUAGUGUCGUCGUGCAUGCAGAUUUGAACUUUAAACAGCAGCGCCGCGUUCCUCAGUUUCUCGCUCGGGGUCCUUUCAAUGACUGGGGCUAUGACCAGGGUAUCUCCAACGUCAUGAACCAAAUCGGCGAUGGCACUUGGGAGCUCGAAAUCAUGGCUGCGUGGCCAACGUACGUCCAGCUCAACGUGUUUGGGUACGAUGAUUACUACUACGGCGACACCGACGCGGACGGCGUCAUGGAUCGGCUGCCACCAAAUAGUAUCGCGCCCAACUACCUGAACAUGUCGGCGCCGCCUUAUCCUGCGCUUGCAUGGGCUCUAGUCGUCAAUGAUGCUACGAUGGCGUGGACUCUUGAGCCCCGUGGCCAGGCUUCCGUCGGUGCUAUCAUGUACGGGCUUCUCUGCUCUCUCUCCCUCAUCUCCGGGAUACUUGCCGUGGUCAUUUUCAUGUACUCUUUCUACGGGAUUCGCCACAACCGGUACGGUGUGCAGACCAAUUCAGGCGCAAGCAAGUAUUUCCCGAUUCUCGGAACGCUCGGCAACAAGUCGACUGCAGACUUCAAGGAGACCUCAACGCCUAUUACGGAGAAAAUCUUUGGACACAAGGGGAAUGCGGAUAUCAUAGGAUGGCCAGAAGACAAGAACAAGCGGCGAAAGGUCCUCAUCGCGACGCUCGAGUAUGAGAUCAUUGACUGGAAGCUUAAAGUCAAGAUCGGAGGUCUCGGUGUGAUGUCUUCGCUCAUGGGAAAAGCUAUGACGGACGUUGACAUGAUCUGGGUCAUUCCCAAGGUCAAAGACCUUGAGUACCCUGCUGGAGAACCUGCGGAGCCUAUCGAGGUGGUCAUCUUCAAUGAACCCUACCUUAUUGAAGUGGAGACGCACGUGUUGGACAAUAUUACCUAUGUUAUCCUCGACAGCCCCGUUUUCCGCGCUCAGACCAAGUCCGACCCGUACCCCGCUCGCAUGGACGAUCUCAGUUCCGCCAUUUUCUACUCUACUUGGAACCAGGCUAUCGCAGCUACCAUUCGCCGAUUCCCUGUCAUCGACAUAUACCACGUCAAUGACUACCACGGUGCGCUCGCUCCGAUAUACCUUUUGCCAAAAGUCGUACCCGUCUGUCUCUCGCUGCACAAUGCCGAGUUCCAGGGUCUAUGGCCGCUCCGAACGAAAGAAGAGAUGAAAGAAGUCUGCUCCGCGUUCAAUAUCAGCAAAGAGCACUGCACCAAAUACGUUCAGUUCGGAAACACCUUCAACUUGCUUCACGCAGCUGCAUCGUUCAUCAGUGUUCAUCAAAAGAGCAUCGGUGUCGCUGGUGUAUCGGACAAGUAUGGAAAGCGGAGUUGGGCGCGGUAUCCUGCGCUUUGGACCCUCAAGCACGUCGAUUCGUUGCCUAAUCCGGAUCCUACGGAUAUUGCGGCUUUGGACGAGAACCCGGUGGCUAUGAGGGAUAUUCAAAUUGAUGCGGCUGCUGAGGCACAGCGUCCGGAGAUGAAGAGACAAGCUCAGGAAUGGGCGGGUAUCAAGCAGGAUCCUAACUCCGAUCUGUUUGUGUUCGUCGGUCGGUGGUCGAAGCAGAAAGGUGUCGAUCUUAUUGCGGAUGUUAUGCCUUCGCUGUUGGAGAAACGCACUUCUAUACAGUUGGUUUGCGUGGGACCUGUCAUCGAUCUUUAUGGUCGUUUUGCAGCGGAGAAACUUGCUCGGUUGAUGGAGAUGUACCCUGAUCGCGUUUUCUCAAAACCGGAGUUCACUGCGCUACCGCCUUAUCUGUUUAGUGGUGCUGACUUUGCUUUGAUUCCUUCCCGUGAUGAACCGUUUGGAUUGGUCGCUGUCGAGUUUGGCAGGAAAGGUGCGCUUGGUGUUGGGAGUCGACUUGGUGGUCUUGGGUUGAUGCCCGGAUGGUGGUUCCCUGUGGAAUCUACUUCGACGGCCCAUAUGUUGUCCCAGCUUUCGAAGACGAUCAAGUUAGCGUUAAAAUCCACAGAGGAAGAAAGAGCCAUACUCCGUGCUCGCUCAGCCGUUCAGCGUUUCCCAGUCGUCGAAUGGCGUCAGCGGAUGGAAGACAUGCACCGAAGGAGUAUCUACGCGAGCCGAAAGCUAGCUGCUUCAAAUGCUUGGCGAGAGUCGGACUGCGGGAAUGAACCUUCUCAAGCGGUGGCAGAAGCAGAAGACUGGAAUCCUGUUCAUCAAGGCAUGCCUAUUCAACCUGAUUGGGACGCUCAGAGCACCAUGUCAUCCCCGAGAUUGAUGCCUAGUUCGCCUGGACAGUGGAGCCAGGUCUCGACGCCCAAUGACGUUUCAACGCCCAACGAUGAGACCUUCCUAUCAGCACCACCUCGUUUCAACCUCAAUCGCGACUCUUCAUAUGCGUCGGAUACGUCUGAUGAAGAACACUCGCGGAAUAGUUUCGCGACUGGUAGUCGGCCGGGGUAUAGUGAUUUCUUGGAGAAAGCGAACAAGACGAUUGCACAAGAUCAUCGGCAUGCUCCGGAUCCUUUCUUGACUGUGACGCCUCCUGCGAAACCGUUUGGGUCGCACUCGAGAGUGGCCUCGAUGGAAUCGAUUGGCAGCAUUGUGGAGGAAAAGAGCAACUCGCCGUUGAACAAGGCGAUUGCGACAUUCACGGAUUCCGAUGGUGGCGUUGCCUCAGAGUUUGUGCAAAAGCUGCAGACGUUGAGCUCAGAGAACUCCAAGGGCGAGCUCUCUAUCGAGAAGUAUCUCGUUAGGUCCGAGGAGGCCUUCUUCGAACGUGUGCGACGAGACAAGCUGUCAAGUGCUGCCAGUUACAUUUCAUCGCACCGAGAGUCUGUCUGGAGUAUGCCUGGGACUCUCACCAUCAAUGAGCACUCGCGGCCGACAUCCCCAAGAACGCCUAGCUCUCAUCAAUUUGGUCCAGAACCAGAAUUUGACGGCAAUGUUGUGAUCAUGAACAGGGUCCAAAUCGCCAUGGCUCGACAGAUUGGAAGCUGGCCGUUGUAUACUAUCAUCAUUGCUCUCGGCCAAAUGCUUGCGGCAAACAGUUACCAGAUGACGUUGCUCACUGGUCAAAACUACCAAAACAACCUCCAGCUAUAUGUCCUCAGCGCUGUAUUCUUAGCUUCCUCUUUCGUUUGGUAUACGAUGUUCCGCUUGAAGCCUUCUGUUUACGUUCUUUCCGCUCCCUGGCUCUUCUACGGCAUAGCAUUCUUUUUGAUCGGUGUUCCCUCUGUGUCAUCGAAGCUUUCAGCGUCUCAUACCAUUUUAUCGGACAUUGCUACUUGGUCAUAUGCUGUCGCUUCUGCUGCUGCUUUCAUUUUCUUCGGUUUGAACUUUGGAGAGGAAGCGGGUGCCGCCACUGAAGUCUGGACACUGCGCGCUUGUAUUGUGCAAGGUUCCCAACAGAUCUGGGUGGCUGCCCUAUGGUACUGGGGUAGUACUCUGAACACCGCGCAACCCGGGAGCGUUACGCCUUGGUGGAUCGUCCUUAUCUUGUGGCCGCUCUCAGUCAUGUCGUUUGUAUUUGCAUACUUGAUGCUGUAUGGACUGCCAGAGUACUACCGACAAACUCCUCCAAAAGUUCCCAACUUCCUCAAAACACUCUUCCGAAGGAAACUAGUACUUUGGUUCCUCGCAUCUGAAGUAUUGCGUGAUUAUUGGCUCAGUGGGCCCUACGGUCGUAACUGGAGUUUCCUGUGGAGCGUUCCAAUCCCCAAGUGGGCGAUCAUGCUUCUCAUCAUCCUCUUUUUCAUCGGUGUCUGGGCGCUCAUGCUCUACAUCCUCACAUCCUUGAGUAAGACGCACACUUGGUUGUUGCCCGUGUUCGCUGUUGGCCUUGGCGCUCCAAGGUGGUGUCAGACAUUGUGGGGCACAUCGUCUCUUGCACUCUAUAUCCCGUGGGCUGGCUCAGGCGGACCAUACCUUGGUCUCUCUCUGUGGCUUUGGCUCGGUGUCCUGGACGCCGUACAAGGUGUUGGUUUGGGAAUGAUUCUCCUCCAGACAUUGUCAAGAUUACACGUCUGCGCCACGCUCGCUUUCGCUCAGGUUAUCGGGUCUAUCUGUGUUAUGGCCGCUCGGGCAACUGCUCCAAACCGCAUCGGUCCAGGAAGCGUCUUCCCUGAUGUUGGAACAUGGGAUUUCUCGCAAGGUCUCAGUGGCAGCCCGAUGGCCUCUGCUCCAUUCUGGAUAGCGUUGAUCUGUCAGAUCGUCAUUGUACUAGGUUACUUCUGGUUCUACCGCAAAGAACAAUUAGGUAAGUUGUCAUGCAGCAUGGCUUUGGAGACGCUCAAUUGGGCUAAUCACCGCUUCUUUAGCUCGACCAUAAUUAUUCACCGUCAUCAAUCAUGCACAUACUAG